AAAGCUUUUGCGAGGUGCGGAAUGCGAAGCAAGAUUUCGUAAUUUAUUUGGAAUAUCACUAUUGAUAUUUGCUUCAAUUCUUUCGUCUGAGUUUAUUUCGUUCUCUUAGAAUUUGAAGUUUUCAAACUAUUUAUGAAAGACAACUGAUGUAACUUUUUGUGCAGCCUGAACCUUUCAGAUUUCUUGAAUGCACCCAAAGCGUACGUAAUACAUUUCCUUUAGAUUUCGUCAAUCUUGAUUGAUUUGUUUUGGGAUCGUCUGUUUACAUAUUGUAAUUUAAACUUUAAAUUCUUCGAAAGCUGUGAAUUUCAGCCUCUUUUUGCAUUUGAAAGAAAUUUUUUUUUUUUUUUUACGUAUUUGCUAUCUAGUUUACUAAAGUAUUUUCGUUUCAAGCAUUACCAGAAAUUUGUGUACUGAAAUUUGAUUCCAAAAUGAAUAGAAGAGAAAAUAUGGCCACACGUCGCCUGAAGCAAGAUUAUAUGAGAUUGAUGAAAGAUCCAGUACCUUAUGUGAAAGCCCAUCCAUUACCUCAGAAUAUUUUAGAAUGGCAUUUUGCUGUUUUGGGCCCUGAGGACACUCCUUAUAAAGGUGGUGUUUAUCAUGGUAAACUAGUGUUUCCCGCAGAGUUUCCUUUCAAACCUCCUAGCAUUUACAUGAUCACUCCAAAUGGAAGAUUUAAAUGCAAUACAAGACUUUGUCUCAGUAUUAGUGAUUUUCACCCUGAUACUUGGAAUCCAGCUUGGUCAGCUGGCACUAUUUUAACUGGUCUUCUCAGUUUUAUGGUUGAAAAAAACCCUACUUUGGGCAGUAUUGAAACUUCAGAUUAUGAAAAACGAUUGUUAGCCAAAAGAAGUCUAAAAUUUAACCUGAAAGAUCCUAUUUUUUGUGAACUUUUUCCAGACCUAGUUGAAGAUUCUAGAAAAGUCAUAAGUGAACUCGAACUUUUGAAUAAUAAUAGGAACUCUGAUAUAAGAUCUGAUUCUACUCGUAGCUCAAAUGGUUCUCAGUUUGAAAAAGGCCAAGCUGUUUUAAGUGCACUCACUAAUGUUGCUGUUAUUAUUGGAUUUGCAGCAUUUGCAUAUACAGUUAGAUAUGUAAUUAAUAGUAUAAUCAAGUAAAACAUGCUGUAUUAUUUGCUUCUAAAUUUCUUCUCUUUUAAUUAUGUAAUGACUAUCAUUCUUAUUACUAAAUUUACAAAAAGGAAGAAAUUUUGUGUACAUUUUGUUUUUUUUGACGUUUUUGAAUAUAAGUGUUUUGUUUAAAGGAAGAAAAAAAAAAUCAAAUUUUAAUUGUAAAUUUUUUUUACAAGAUAUUGCAUAGUUUAGUUGUAUAUUAUUGGGAACUUUGUAUUUUAUUGUUUAUUCCUCCAUCUAAAACUAUUUGCUUUAGAUUAAAAAUAGUAUAUAUAUAAGAAUUUUAAUACAAUAGUAGAAUAUCAAAAGAUUAAAAAAAAAUUUUUUUUUGAUCAAGCAAGAUAAUAUAAAUUUUUUAUUGUCUUUGCUUUAGAUUUAAAACAGUUUAUAUUACAGCCUUUUAAAAGUAUGCAAAAGGAAAAAAUUCACACUUUUGUUGGGAUUAUAGAAUUGAUGGUAAAUUCAUUAGAGGCCUUUUAUACUUGUAAUUAGUGUAAAUAUGUAUAUUUACUCCAGUUGUUUAUAAAAGAAGUUGUUAAUAUAGUCUGUUGUGUCAAUGCUCUGAGUAUAUUUUUUCCCCCUGCUUACGAGUUAACUGCACACAUCUGAUUUUUAUGUUUAUGGUUUUUCUUAAACUGUUUUCACCUAUUAAAAAUCACUGAAUGACUAUAUAUAUUAACAAUAUUGUGUUUUAAAAUCCACCAUUUUCUUGCAUCUUUAUUCUUGACAGUAAUUUUAUUUUUUAUUAAUCUUUUUUAAAUAUUUGGUUUCAUUAAGGGGUCACUUUGCCCAAAAGUUGACAAAACAGUUUUUAUUACUUAUAUUAAAACUUCAAGUGAUUCAAUGCACACUUUGAGAUUUUUUUUAUCUCUCUAAUUAAAUUAUUUAUAAUUUUUUGAACGAUUUAAAGCAUAAAAACCGUGUUUUUUACUGCAAAAACAAAAUGUGAAAGUGCUUUUUUGACAUUGAUGCUUUUUUGGUGCCUACAUGAUACUUGAAUCUUUACGGCUUUUUUUUAUAGAAUAAAAAGCUUGGAAGUAAAUUUUUUUUUACAAUCGGCAUGAUGUUCUAAAAUUGUGCUUUGAAUAAACAUUUUAAAAAUUACUUAAAUAUUUACUUCAUUUUAUAUUUCAGUGUUCAAUGUGUUAAAUGUUUAAUUUUUUUGCAAGUUUUGCAAUCAAUUAAGCUUAGAAAAUAUUGAUAUAUAAAUAAGUUAAUACACAAAUUUAUAACAAUAAUAAUUACGAUAAAAAAAAAUUGUUUUAGAAAAAUGUUUAAAAAAAAUAUUUAAAAAUUGGGAAUUUUAACUGUUAAAAAAAUUUAGUCAUAUUAAUAUGCAUGUAAAGCCACCAAAAAAAAAAUGCUUGUUAUAAUUUUUGUUAGAAAAUUGUCCUAAAGGUACUGUGACCCCUUAAAACUGUGUUGUUGAAUGGUAUUAUAAAUUCAUUAAAUAAUUGUUAAAAAUUUGUUCUUGGCAUUCACAAUAAUUUUCCAGAUUUCAAUGCAUUGUUUGUAUAUAGAAUGAUAUUUGUAUUCUGGCUCAGUUGGUCACAUUAUAAAAGUGGUGUGUAAUUUUGUUUUACAAGAAUAUUAGUAAAUUAAAUCGAUUAUAAAAAUUUGCUUGUCACAGUAUUCUUCUCAGUACAUACUUCAGGAAAAAUUACUUUUGGAAUCAUUUCAAAUUUUUUUAUGUUGAUUUUUUCAAUUAAGUAAAAUUUUUAAGUUUGUAACCUUAAUGCAAGAUUGUAAACCUGGAUCUAUAGAAAAUAUCCUUUCUUACUGUACUGUUUUUUUUCUUCUUCUUAUUAAAGAUCAUCAAAUUAUAUAUAUAUUUAUAAUUAGUUGUAAGAAAAAGGUUAAUGUUAAAAAAAAAGGAUAAUUCUUGAAGCAAAUUGAUGUGAUAGGGCAUAAAUUUUUCUUCCCAAAGUUUCUGUCUUUAGUUCAAAAUUUUAUUUAAUAGGUAGCACUGUUCCCGUAAGUUUUUUUCUUCUUUUUUUAAAAAUUGGUCAAUUUGUAAACUAAAGAAAAACUGAAAAAUAAAAUUUUUUUUUUCAAAAUCUGUCACGGAAUUAAAAUAACAAUAUUGUCAAUGUAUCCAUCAUCCAGCCACAAUCACAUGUUGUAAUUGAAUAAUAGAAUUUUAUACAAAAAAGCGUAAACUGAAACUUAUUGUGCCACCUGUCAGAAAAAUUUUGGACUAAAAGCUGGAACUCUGGUAGAAAAUAUUUCUGCUUUAUCUCAUAAAAUUGUUGCAAGAAGUUUUUAACCAGAACUGUUUUUCUUAUUUAAAUAUUUUUAUAUCUUUGCUGAAUCUUUUACUGUUUAAAACUGGUAUUAAACAAUUUACUUAUUUUUAAGUUACACAAAUAUUACAAUUGAAAUAUUUUAUUUAUUAUUUAGAUAUAUAUUUGAAUUGACUGUUAAUUUCUUAGAUAAUGAUUACACUGCUAUCUAUAUCACUGGAUGCAAUGAUCUCAAUUUUACUUCUGAAUGUUUCAACACUAUCAUAUUUACUUGCUUUAAUUAUAUUGUGUUCAUUAAUAUUAACAUUAUGUAAAAACAUUCCAUAUUUAACUUUAGAAGAUUGGAUUAGAUUUAUUGUUUAUUUAA